AAGAACAUAAUCAAUGAUCCUGAUUCGCCAAGAUGUAUACAACAUACCAUGUCCACUAUAUUAUGAUUUAGAGAAUUAUGAUAUGGGGUUUAGUUACGUGAUUAAUCUAUGGUCUAGAUAAUGUUUUUUAACUAAGGAGAUGCAAUAACCCUCAAUCCAUCGAGCGUACCAUCUAAUUUCCAAUGUAUAUACACAUACCAUUGUUUGUUAAAUUUAGCCAAUGAUAAUUGGCUCAUUUGUAAAUGGUAUUUAGUCUUUCAAUUCUAUGCUUACAAUUGUCAACCAUUAGGAAAAUUGCAAGCCAAUGAUUUUUGGUCAUUCACUUAUAGCAUUAAAAAUGUCUCGUCACAAAACCUUAGAUCACAAAUUUCAAAUUUUGUAUAGCACUUUUGUAAACAAUCCUUGUAUUCCUACAAACUACAAAGUCAUGUAACCUAAUAAAUGUAAAAGUUAUAAGACAUGCAUAAACUCAAAAUGUACUAUUUGAUUCUUGGUGAAUAAUUGUGUGAUUAGAGAAACUCACUUAGUUGAUUCAUAAAGCUAAGUAUAUCAUGAUGAUUCACUUUGUAAAUAAUUACAGUUAUUAAUUAAUUCGAUGAUUGAUUAUUGCGGUGGAUAGUCCUAUGAUUUUGAGAUAUUUUAGUAUUUUCUCUCUUUAAUUCAAAAAAUAUAUAAACAUUGUUGUAGUCUAGUUGGUUAGGGAUAUUAAUUAUCAAAUUGAAGGACUCGAGUUCAAAUCUUGAUAAUGACAUUAUUUUUAUGUAAGAAGAUAUUUAAAUUCUAAGUUGAACUUACAAAUUUACUCUUAACUAUAAUUAGGGAGAGUGCAAGAAUUUUGAAAUAUUCAAAAUCUCCCGAAGAACAGCUCUAUAGGGAAGUGUAUUUCGUAAAAAAAUAAAAAAAACAACAAAACUCACAAAAUCCGCAAUUUUGUUUUGUUGCAUAUUUGCAUUCGAAAUAAACAGUCUGCUCUGAUAACCUAGCCUUUCUUUCCCUUCUCUUAGCUUCCCACCAGCCACAGACGAUGGACACUGCGAUGAGGGUUUCGGUCGAGUCACGUCCGACGACCCUGGCUCUCGUCGGUCCACGCGCCACAGGGAAGAGCAGCUUGGCGAAUGCAAUCCUUGAGACUCAAGCUUUUGGGAUGUGCGGGGGCAUGUUCAGCUUGCAUCGCGCCAACGUGCUGACUGCUCAAGUGCAGAACUACAAUUUGGUCACCGUCGUGGACACCCCGGGUAAUGAUUUUGUGUGCGACCGUGCUGGUGUUGCUCCCCUCAAACACAUUUUGAAAUCCUUGGAGGGGGUCGAUGCUAUAUUGGUCGUCUUGUCAGCUGCCAAACCUCAUGUUCCGGUCGCCGAGAAUAUCAAGAAAAUGCUUGGUGAGGAUGUUUCCGCCUAUUUGGUGGGCUUGGUGACGGGAGCGGAUCGCCACCUGAGUGGCCCAGAAUUGGAGAACCUCGAUCGAAGGGUUCAAGCCCCUGAGGGUUUUGAGCAACUGUGGGAGGCCUGUAAUGGAAGGGUUGUUCGUUUUGAAAUCUGUGAUGAUAAGGAGCUUGCACGUCAGCAAUUGAGGAGGUUGUUAGACCUGGUGAGCAACAUGAAGACCCGGCACCGAAAUGUUCCAUUCCUGACAGAGCUGGAUGAUACGCCCAUCAGUUCAGCUCGCCGUGGGCGUGAGCCGCCAGUGGAUCAGUCCUUUGAUGUCGAUCGUCUUCCUGCCAUCUUAGCUCGACUCAAUCAGGUUGCUAUGGAUAUGCAGUGCCAGUUGAAAAUUAUUGAAAACCACGUCAAGAAGGCCAAGGGCAGCAAAGUGAACCUAGCUUCCCUCUGGAAAAAUCCAAUUAGUCUGCAGAAGGCUGGUGUCUUGAUCAUUGUGGGUGCUGCACUUCUCUACUUCAGUGUGAAGAAGAACGAAUGAAUGUGUUUUUCCUUGCUAUUGUUACUUUUAGGUUGGUUACUAGGGGAAGAAUGAGUGUUUUUGGGUUGUCGUUGGCUACAUUUACUUACUUCCUAGUUUCGGUUUAGUACGAACGUUUGAAGUAUUGUUGUUAGUGCUUCCGUAGUGGUUUUCAUCGUUCGAGCUCUGUGCUUGAAUUUGAAUGCAUCAAUUACUACAAGAGUCCUGUUGCUCUCGACCUGGUUUGGGGUUCAGUGGAUUUUCCCAACAACUUUCUUCCGCACAGUACAAAGAGGACAUUAGCUUUGUCUUGGAUCUCUGUUCGUGUUCUGCUUGUGCUCUGUUUCUGUGUUAGUCAGCUGGGGAAAGAAUUGGACGAGAAGAAUAAGGCCAAGUGAACGAGCGUGGGGUUAGGCUCAAGUCAUCACCAAGCUAGCUCCCUUGAAAUAAAACGAAGCACGUUGCACUAGAGUGCUCGUCUUCCCGCCUACAGAACGAAUAACCCAAACUUUCUCCUCUCUUUCAGUCAAACAACGAAUCUCUCACUCUCUUCUUGCCUGGCCUAGGGGGUGUCUUGAAUCAAGCGAAUUGAUCAGGAUGUUAAAGUUGCUGAACUUGAAGUUCGAACCCUGGGCGGAGCUAGAGAAGAGGCUUUGUCGCGAAGGAUGAAAUUUGAAGUUUAAAGUUAAAGUGUGUCGUUUUGAGUGUCUUUAAGUUUAGUCCUUGUAGUUCUGCUUUGUAUCAAAUAAGUCUAGUCCGUAUUUCAUGUGUUGUGGAACACUGGAACUUGGAAGGCAAGUUAGGUUUAGGUAGUCUAUUAGAGUCUUAAGCUAGAGUUGUUAGCUGAUUUCAUGGAUAGAGGGGUUAGUGGCUUAGUGCAGUUAGUGGAAGCCGAAGUCACAGGCUUCAAGCCUUGCACUUAAGAUUCCAAACUAGGGGCGGAGCUAGGAUUUAGCGUUCGGAAGGGGUUAUUUUGUAACCGUAAAAAGACGAUUAAAAUUAAAAAAAUUAUAUUUUUAAUAUUAUUAUAAUGAUAUUUUUAGAUGAUUAGAGCCACUCAAAACAAGAUAUAAACAUAAAUGUUAUAUCGUGCUACCAUAUAUAUUGAAAAUGAUAAACAAAUUAAUAAUACAUUUCAAUGUUGUGUAACACAUUCUAUUUUCAUAUUUGAAAAUCAAUGUCUAAUAUAUUAUAAAUAAUUUUAUUUAUUAACACGAAAGUAUUCUUAAACAUUUUCAACUUGAAGAGUUUAAUUGAUCUAAGAUUUUAGUAAAAGAUUUAAGAAAAUAAAUUUAAAUUACAAGUUAGCUAAAUAAAGAAAUUUAAAAGGACUAAUUGUUCAGUUAUAUAAAACUUAUAUUUGAAAUUAAAGAGUUUAAGGAAUCAUAUUGAAAUUGACAUAUUUAAGAAAUCAUCAUAAGAUAGAAGUUGAAUGGAUAAUUAUUGGAAUAUAAAACUUAAAUUUGA